ACAAAAAUCAUUUCAACACAAAACACAGACAGUGUAGAGAAAGAUGUGUGGUGGUGCAAUUAUCUCCGACUUCAUCUCAACUGCGGCGGUGGUGGGUGGUUCCCGCCGUGUCACCGCCGACAUGUUGUGGCCCAAUUUGAGGAAAUCCAGUUCCAGAAAACCGUUUUUCCUUGACAAUGACUUCGAAGCUGAGUUCAGAGAGUUUAAGGAUGAUUCUGAUUUGGAUGAUGAUGAUGAAGGGUUGUUGGUCGGUGCCAAAUGUUUUACCUUUGGUUCAACUAACAACAAAUCUUCCAACUCCUUUGUUCGUGGAUCAAGUGCUGCAAAAGUUGUUGCAUCGAAAUCAAACGAGCAAGGUGAAAAGGAAUUGAAGAGAAAGAGGAAGAAUCAGUAUAGGGGUAUCCGCCAACGUCCAUGGGGAAAAUGGGCAGCUGAGAUCCGUGACCCGAGAAAAGGAGUUCGUGUUUGGCUCGGAACUUUCAACACUGCUGAAGAAGCUGCAAGAGCCUACGAUGCUGAAGCUAGGAGAAUCCGUGGCAAGAAAGCCAAGGUGAAUUUCCCUGAAGAGGCUCCAAAUGCUUCCUCAAAACGUCUCAAGACAAAUUCUGAGACACAGCUGUUGGACAAAAAUCUGAACUCUUUCAAGUGUGAAAAUAUAGAGAACUACUAUUCCCCAGUGAAUCAGGUGGAACAGAGACCAUUGGUUAACGCCCAAUGUGCUAAUGUCGGACCCUUUGCUGGAAACGGUGUUCAGCUUGCAUCUUCUGAUGUUACUGCAUAUUUCAGUUCGGAGUAUUCGAGCAAUUCAUUUGAUUAUCCUGAUCUAUGUUGGGGUGAACAAGGCCCGAAAACACCUGAGAUUUCAUCUGUGUUUUCUGCUCCUAUAGAAGGCGAAUCUCAGAAGAAUCUGCAGUCUGACAACUCGCAGGAUAUGCUACCUAUGCAAAAUGAUUCAGCAAAGACACACUCUGAGGAGCUUGCAGAUAUCGAAUCCCAGCUGAAGUUCUUUGAGAACUCGUUUGAUGAUAACUGGAGUGAUGCUUCAUUGGCAGCUUUGCUUAGUGAAGAUACAACUCAGGAUUGUGGAAACACAGUGGACCUUUGGAGCUUUGAUGACCUGCCUUCCAUCGCAGGCGGAGUUUUCUGAACAACAUUCACCUGGCCGGUUAUGUAAAUAAAACUACAAGAUCCUUGGUUUUUUACAUUGUUGAUGGAAUCAGAACAAAAACAGGUUACCGGUUUUAUGUAAACGUGGAGUUUUAUUCUCUUUUGGCAAAUACAUUAUUUAUAGGUUUUUAGGCAUCCUUUUGUCUUGUCAUAAACCUUUUGAGGAUUUUUAAGUUUGAUGUUUAUAAGGAUUAUGUUUAUGGAUGAUAUAAUUGUAAACUUGCUUGUUUUUCAUAAUGACAAUUUUUUAUGACCAACACAGUUUAGUC